AUGAACAAAAACAAGAUUGAUGUUCAAGAUUUAAGAAGCCAAUUUUUUGAAAAAUUGGAAAGUGCAGAUUCUGACAUUUUUCACCCUGCUGAUAUCAACAGGGUAAAAACAGAUGAUGCAUAUUUGAGGAGAUUUUUAAUGCACCAUGAUGGUAAUCUUGAUGGUGCUCUUAAUAUGCUUUGGGAUGCUUGUGAAUGGAGAAAAAAAUUUGGUACCAAUGAUAUAUCGGAAAAAAAUGUUAACAAAGAGAUUUUAGAACUAGGCAGUGUUUUUCCAUUUGGAAAAGACAAAGAUGGUAAAACUUUACUUGUAUUCAAAUCUAAACAUCAUUAUAAAGGAGCUUUCGAUUUUGAGGAUCAUAAAAAGUGUUUGGUUUAUUGGAUGGAAAGAUUGGAAAGGCAAGAAAAUGGUGAAAUGAUAUCAUUAUUUUUCGACAUGGAAGGUGCUGUAAUGGCAAAUAUGGAUAUGGAUUAUACAAAAUACAUUAUAAGCUUGUUUAAAAAUUAUUAUCCAUAUUUUUUGAAUUACAUAAUAAUUUUCGAGAUGGCAUGGGUGUUAAAUGCCGUGUUUAGAGUAAUAAAAACUUUACUUCCUCCGAAAGCGGUAGAAAAAAUGAAAUUUGUUAAUAAAUCAAAUGUGAAAGAUUAUGUUAAUCCAGAUUUUGCAUUAAAAUCAUGGGGAGGUAAAGAUUCUUUUACGUAUCAUUUUGAACCGGAACAAAAAAGUGGAAUGAGUUCACUAUCGAGCGGAGAUGAAAACAAAAAAAAAGUUCAUUUCGCAGACACUCCUUUAAAAUCGGAUCAAGAAAAAUCGCCAUCAUCAUCGUCAAUGCCUAAUUCUAAUACUGGAUGUUUAACCACAUCUGAUGUAAUGAUGUUUAAUAAUGAAGGUAGUGAAGUGACUAGUUCCAUAUUACUCAAAAAUGAUGAUACACAGUCAAUAUCAUUCAAAAUUAAAACAACUUCUCCUGAAAAAUUUAGAGUCAGGCCUAGUUUUGGCACCCUAGCUCCAGGUGCAAAUACCGCAGUUAGCGUUGUACUUUUACCAGGCUACCUUAUACAGAGUAUUCAGAGAGAUAAAUUUUUAGUUAUGAGUAUACCUAUAGAACACACUGAAAUGACACAGCAAGAAAUAAAUGAUUUGUGGAAGGCAAGUCGAUAA